AAUGCAAAAUGGUGAUAUUGAAUAGUAUCUCUUGAGUUACGUAUGAUUAAAUAAUGGCCACAAAUGACCCACAUAGUGGUGUAAUUCUCCGACUCGUGCCAAAAUCAAUACAAUGCACCUUUCGUGAGAUAUGUUACAAUGGAAGGGCAGCACUACCCAGCACUACUGCACACAACCCGAUGGGUUACUUGACCCUACGGUAGCAUCACAAUCACUCCAGUGAUACAACCAUGUUUAUAAAUAUUAUCCGACGAUUAGAGUGAUUUAAUAAUAAAAUGUUUGUGGAGUUGAUGACAAUCAAUCAUCCCGAGUGAUAAUGGCAGCCACUUCGGAGCCGGAUUGGAGUGUUGCUAAAAGGGGUCUUGCCCUUUUCUUGAACAAUAAGCCUGACGAAGCCGAACUACUGUUUGCUGAUAGGAAUGAUAGCUUCCAUGUGAAAACAGCACGUUGCUACAUGCUUUUCAUGAACGCACUUAUGACAUUUGAGGAUGAGAAAUUCCAGCUGGCCAUGAAGUUAUUAAAAGAAACAGAGAGAGAAUGUGUUGGAGAUGUUGGGUGGUUGAAGAGUGUUACUAAUAAAGUUUUUGGAUCUACUGCGAAUGAUGACGACUACGCAAGAAAACUAGAGAAACAAAUUGUUCUGGCAGACACCCAAGUAUGUACCGCAAUGCUGGUACUCCUUCAACAGGAAGUCAGCAGUUACGUACGAGGUGGAUGGAUGAUGAGGAAGGCGUGGAGAAUUUAUCAGCACACGUAUUGUCAAAUUCUCCAGCUCUAUCGACGUACAUUCGGCAUCAAUCCAUCGGGUUUCAACGGGAAUUACAUGAAUAAUGAGAAUGGACUUUUGAGCUCACGCUACAGAAGUUCAGAGUGGUCUCUGGGGUCUUACCACAGCACUACUUCCACAUCCACUCCAAUACUCUCGCCCUCUUCCAUUAAAAAUUCAUUGUCAAUGAUAUUUUCGCUCACUGGAAUGACGAAUGAGCCUGAGAAUAAUUUUGUAGAGCCAGCGGAAGUGAUUCGCCUAAUGUCAGCCGUCAGUUUCGGUUACGGAAUUUUUCAAUUAUGCGUCAGCCUCGUGCCCCCGUCACUCCUCAAGUUAAUCCAUUUUUUGGGAUUUGAGGGGGAUAGACGUGCAGGGUUGACAGCUCUAAUGUAUGCAAGGCUGAGUGAAGACAUGCGUGCACCACUCGCUACGCUAUCUCUCUUAUGUUAUCACACAAUAGUACGGCCAUUCUGUUCCCUCCACGAUUGGAAUAUAAAAUCCGGAGUCGACGCCGCGAAGCAGUUAAUCAGCGAGUGUCAGCAGGAUUAUCAGAAUGGAGCUCUCUUUCUAUUCUUCUCAGGUCGCACUGAACGUCUCCAGUCAAAUAUUGAUGCAGCUCUCGUCGCGUACGAUAGAGCAAUGUCCUCCUCCUCUCAAAGGGAAAUUCAACUUCUCUGUCUUCACGAGGUGGCCUGGUGCUACGUCAUCCGCUUGAAUUAUGCAAGGGCCUACGAAUCCUUCGCCAGACUCCAGCAUGACUCCAGAUGGUGCGAGAGCAUUUACGCGUAUCUCGCAGCUGUGUGUUCUGGAGCGAGUGGCGAAUCGCACGAAGUGCUCAGGACUUUCAGGGAAAUUAAUGUUAUGAUUUCUGGUGGGGGUAAAACGACGCAGUUGGAUACAUUUGUUGCGAGAAGAGCAGUGAAGUUGGUGGACCAGAAUGAGGGUGUUUAUACACCCGCCUAUUAUAAACUUUUGGUUUAUGAACUACUUUAUUUGUGGAAUGCUAUGCCCUCGUGUUCUAUGGAUUCGUUGAGGAACGUGAUAGCGGAAUGUAAAAAUAGUCAGAAUGAUGAACCCAUGACGGGCUUGGCCUACCUCAUAGCAGGCGCCGCUCACUCUUACCUGGAUGAGCAAGUGACUGCCGUUAAAUGCUUUAAAAAUUGUUUGAAACUACGUGUGCCCAACAGUGAUAAUGAGAAUCAACACAUCAGUGCUUUUGCACUUUACGAACUUGGAAGCACGCUGUGUAAAUCAAACUCAAUUCAGGAGGGUGUAAGUGCACUGCUGAAAGCACAAUCACAGUACAGUGAUUACGAUUUCGAAAGUCGCCUGAGUGUGCGAAUACACUCGGCCCUCAAAGCCCACUCACAAUAAUGUAUAAAGAACACGGAUGUCAUUUUACCAAUGUACUCAUUUGCCUUCGAUCCUAAGUAAGAUCUACUCCGUCUGUAAAAUUAAUAUGAGUGCACAGAGAAAAAUGUUGGAGAAGAAUUACAAAACAAGUGAAGUAAUCGUGGAGUGGAAUUUAUUCCUAGGUUUUUUAUAAUAGUGAAUUUUUCUUUGUCAGCUCCGAAAAAUUUCCUGAAUGCGAGGGUAAUUUGCCUUGACACUGUAAAAUUUACCCGAAUUCCAUAAAAAAACUACAAAAAUCAACGUGAAGAAUUGCUCAAUGUGCAGGAAUUUUUCUGUAACGGAGAAGAAUUUUUCGGUUCAAGAGCUUCAUUUCUCCUCGUCCGGGGAUUGGGAUCGUAAUAUACUAUUAUUUAUUAAUUAAUUAAUUUAUUUAUUGAGCUUUAUGACUAUGUCCUGGGGUAACAAUCACCCCCUAAGGACAACCCAAAUAUGUCACAUGAAUUAAUUAGCCUACAAAGAAUUACAGAGUAUAACUAAACUCUAGGAAUUAACUCUAUUUCUUCACGAUGUCCGUAAACGGCGUUUGACAGACACAAAGUGUUCGCAAAGCCCCGUUUUACGGACAGUGUGACGAAAUUGUAUUUUUUUUAAUGCAAGACAUUUCGCUCUACGAUUACCGUUCGCAUAGUAAAAUUUGCCGAUAUUUUUUAGAUUAUUUUUCUCCAACUUUUCUCUCCGUGGAGGAAGGGGCGGGGCUAAACGGAGCCAUUUGUGUUUUCUUCAAAUGUUAAUGAAUCCUUGAAUUGUUUAUCAGACGGGAUAAUUUUUUUCCCGUGGGAAGUGGGAAGGAUCUCUAAGGAGCUCUAAUUGAGCUCAAUCGAUGAAUUCCCAAGUUAUGAAUACUCUAAAAAAAUACAAAAGUGUCUGUUUUGCCCCGCCCAUCCCUAUGUAAAUUGUAUUUUGCCUGUACCACGUUGAAUCUAACCCAAUCAAUCAGUAUUACAUGAGAUUAGUGUAAUAUGUGUCUUUUUCCAAUGCGGAAAGCAAUCCCCGUCCAGAUAAUAAAAGGAAUUCCUUAUUGAUAAUCA